CUGCAGUUCCUGACCAGGCUGACUGAGAGGUUCGUGCUGGGCGUGGAUAUGUUCGUGGAGGUGCUGUGGAAAGUUUGGACGGAGGUUCUGGAUGUGCUCGGACUUGACGUGUCGAACCUGUCCCAGUACUUCAGCCCAGCCUCGGUGGCCAGCAGCCCGGCCCGUGCCCUGCUGCUGGUGGGCGUCGUCCUCCUGGCCUACUGGUUCCUGUCCCUGACCCUGGGCUUCGCCUUCAGUGUGCUGCACGUGCUCUUCGGCCGUUUCUUCUGGCUCGUGCGGGUCGUGCUGUUCUCCAUGUCGUGCGUGUACGUCCUGCACAAGUACGAGGGCGAGCCCCAGAAUGCCGUGCUGCCCCUGUGCUUUGUGGUGGCCGUGUACUUCAUGACCGGGCCCAUGGGCUUCUACUGGCGCGGCAGCCCCGGCGGCCCGAGCCUGGAGGAGAAGCUGGAGCACCUGGAGAGCCAGGUGAGGCUGCUGAACAUCCGCCUCAACCGGGUGCUGGAAAGCCUCGACCGCUCCAGCGACAAAUGA